AGGCUUCAGACUGAGCCACUGCCUGCUUUAGACGUCUUUCGCACCUUUCUCCUCCCGAGGAAAGCUACAGCCUACAAGAUGUGCAAAGGACUAGCAGCACUGCCCCACACAUGCCUGGAGAGGGCCAAGGAGAUCAAGACCAAGCUGGGCACACUGCUCCAGAAACCUGACUCGGCCAUUGACUUCAUUAUCCCCUAUCCAGAGAAGCCGGAGAAGCCUCCCAAGGCCCAGAAGCCAUCACUGGAGGAGGCUCUGCAGUGGCGUGAUUCCCUGGAGAAGCUCCUGCAAAACCCCUAUGGGCUCGCCAGCUUCCACAGCUUCCUGCGCUCCGAGUUCAGUGAGGAGAACGUUGAGUUCUGGAUGGCCUGCGAGGACUACAAGAAAACCAAGUCCCCCGUGAAGAUGGCAGAGAAGGCCAGAAAGAUCUACGAGGAGUUCAUUCAGACUGAGGCACCCAAAGAGGUGAACAUCGACCACUUCACCAAGGCUGUGACCAUGAAGAACCUGGUGGAGCCAUCACCAAGCAGCUUUGACAUGGCCCAGAAGAGGAUUUUUGCCCUGAUGGAGAAAGACUCCCUACCCAGAUUUGUGCGGUCGGAGUUUUAUCAAGAGUUAAUCAAGUAGCAAUGUGGCAGGGCUGUGUGAGGCGUUCGCUGCGGGCGGCCCCACUGCUUCUAUCUAAACACCUGCCCCUUCUCCUCAGCAGCUUUACUUUCUUGAUACCACCCUAGAGGAGCACCCAGGAGCAUUGCUAAGCAUCCCCGCCCUGUGCUUUGGACUGUCAGAUGUCCUGAUGUUUCCUCUCUUAAAGUCUCUUUCCUCUCCCAUGAAAGACCAGUUAGCAGAAACCCCUCUGAUCCUCCGUGGGUUUGGGACCCAGAAGGGUGGGAGCAGCCCCAGCCCUGCAGUGACUGUGAACUGGCAUGCUCCUGGCGCUGUGGGUCUUGGCUUUAAUCGGAGGCUCAGAAGUUCUGGCUCUGCCUUCUCUAGGACAUCUUAGGACGUGACAAUUUUUCUUCCAGUUUUGCCCAAAUUGCUGGUCUAGCCCAGGCUUGCCCCCUUCUCCCAGCUUCCCAGGGUGUUGCUGUGGCUGCACAGGGUACCCUGUGGGUGCUGCCCUCCCUGGCUAAGUCCUGUAGUCCUGGGGUGCAGGCUGGGGCAUGUCCACCAAUGGACUGGCGUUACCUGGUCUUCAGAAAGCAGAUCAUCAGCAGGAACAGUGAUGGCUGCAUGGCAGGCACAGCAGGGUGGCAGGGUUGGUGGAAUGGCAGGGACAGCUGAGCCAGGAGCCACGUGGCCAUGUGCUGCAGGGUGCACUGGGCUGGCAUGAGGGGUGGCAGAGUGAGCCUGCACCACCACUUCCCCUAUGACUCCUCUUGGAGUCAGCUGUGAGGCAGCCUGUUUGCUUCACGCUAAAGACAGUAAAGAGGAUAAAACGAGAUCUGUUUGCUCAAAACACUGGGACUGUUUAGCAACCCAGACCUCCUGGUCGCUCCAGCCACUUGCACAAUGUACUGAGCUCAUAGCCUGCAGCCUGUGGCCUUGUCCCCAGUGCCUGCGCAGCCUUCCACAGGACUGCAGCUUCAGGUGUUGCUGCAGUGAUUUCUUGCUCCUGUUGCUUCUCUCUGCAGUAGGCAUGCCAAAGCAAUACUUCUGCACAAACCCAACUGAGGGGCAUUGAUUAGAGGAGGAAGGAAAAUCACGUUGGGGCUGAAAAAACUGCAAUUGCAACUGUUUACAGCUGAUUAAAAAAACAACCCA